GCUGAUUGGACUUGUGAAGACGUGUACUUUACCGGGUCGAUUGUUGUCGUCUGGGUGUUACGUUAUUACAUGUAUGUACAUCCAUUUUUUGGUUUUUAAUUGUUAGCUUUUGGGAGCCCUUAUGGCAACGAUGGAGGAACUGAAGCUCCGCGUGAGGGAGUUGGAGAACGAACUGAUCAAGUGUAAGCAAAAGCAAUGCGCCACCGAGCAGCUCCACCGACCCAAAAUUGAAAAGAUGAGCGCAGAAGUUGUGGAUUCCAACCCUUAUAGUCGCCUGAUGGCUCUGAAGAGAAUGGGUAUCGUUGAUAAUUACGAGAGCAUCCGGACGUUCACUGUCGCCGUGGUGGGCGUCGGGGGAGUGGGCAGCGUGACGGCCGAAAUGCUCACCAGGUGUGGCAUCGGUAAGCUGCUGCUGUUCGACUACGACAAGGUGGAGCUGGCCAACAUGAACCGACUCUUCUUCCAGCCUCACCAGGCCGGCCUCAGCAAAGUGGAGGCUGCUGAACACACACUCAGAAACAUCAAUCCAGACGUGUCGUUUGAGACACACAACUACAACAUCACCACCUUGGACAAUUUCAACCACUUCAUGGAGCGUCUCAGUCACGGCGGCCUGGAGGACGACAAGCCCGUGGAUUUAGUCCUGAGCUGCGUGGACAACUUCGAGGCCCGCAUGGCCAUCAAUACAGCUUGUAACGAAUUGGGUCAGACCUGGAUGGAGUCCGGAGUCAGCGAGAACGCCGUGUCGGGACACAUACAGCUCAUCAACCCGGGAGAGACGGCAUGCUUUGCUUGCGCUCCCCCUCUGGUGGUGGCAGCCAACAUUGAUGAGAAGACCCUCAAGAGGGAGGGCGUGUGCGCUGCCAGCUUGCCCACCACUAUGGGCGUCGUCGCUGGCAUCCUGGUCCAAAAUGUCUUAAAAUAUCUGUUGAAGUUCGGGCGCGUCAGUUAUUACCUGGGCUACAACGCCAUGCAGGACUUCUUCCCCAGCAUGGCCAUGAAGCCCAACCCGCAGUGCAACGACCGCCACUGCCGGAGACAGCAAGAAGUCUACAAGGCGCAGGAAGCGGAGCGACCAAAGAAUGAGGUGAUCCAGGUCGAGGAAGAGGAGGUGCUGCACGAGGACAACGAAUGGGGGAUUGAACUGGUAUCAGAGGAGGCCAACGAAGAGACGCAGGCUGCGGCGGCUGCCGUUGCCGACCUCCCUGAAGGCAUCACCGUGGCGUACACCAUCCCAAUGGCGAAUAAGGGUGACGGGGAGAUGGUGGAAGAGACGGAACAGAGCCUGGAGGACCUGAUGGCUCAAAUGAGAAAGUUAUAGGCUGCGCGGUAGGCAAAUUAAAAGAAAAAUACUGGAUUUAUCAUGGCAUACGUUGGAUGACAUCCCAUGACUGACCGUGAAUAAAGACAACAAAAAAAGAAGGUGAAUGCAUGACAUAAGGUCACAAUGCUUCAUAAUAUUGUUAACAUCUCAAUAAAGUAUUUAUUAGCAGGAA